GGUCAGAGAGGGAAACUCCGCCGGGGAGUCUCGGCCCAAAAAGCGGCGCCCGUCGGAGCUGGCGGCGGCAGCGGAUGUGGCCUCAUGGAUGAGCUGGUACAUGACCUAGCCUCAGCCUUGGAGCAGACAUCUGAGCAGCAUAAACUUGGUGAGCUGUGGGAGAUGACCCUGAGUCCCCGGCAGCAGAGGCGGCAGCUUCGGAAACGCCGAGGCCGGAAACGCAGGUCUGACUUUACUCACCUGGCGGAGCAUACCUGCUGCUACAGUGAGGCCUCUGAGUCAAGUCUGGAUGAGACCAUCAAGGACUGUCGAGAAGUGGCCCCAGCUACCAAUUUCAGUGACUCAGACGAUACCAUGGUGGCCAAACGACACCCAGCUCUCAAUGCCCUAGUAAAGAGUAAGCAGCAUUCUUGGCAUGAAUCUGACUCGUUUACUGAAAAUGCACCUUGCCGACCACUCAGACGCCGGCGGAAGGUGAAGCGAGUGACAUCAGAAGUGGCUGCCAGCCUUCAGCAGAAGUUAAAGGUGUCAGAUUGGAGCUAUGAGAGAGGCUGCAGGUUCAAGUCUGCUAAGAAGCAGCGUCUGUCCCGCUGGAAAGAGAAUACUCCCUGGACCUCGUCGGGCCACGGAUUGUGUGAAUCAGGAGAAAGCAGGACUUUCCUAAGCAAAACAGGAAGGAAAGAAAGAAUGGAGUGUGAAGCAGAUGAACAGAAACAGGGCUCUGAUGAGAACAUGUCAGAAUGUGAAACCAGCAGUGUGUGUAGCAGCAGUGACACUGGGCUCUUUACCAAUGAUGAAGGACGGCAAGGGGAUGAUGAGCAGAGUGAUUGGUUCUAUGAAGGAGAAUGUGUCCCAGGAUUCACUGUUCCUAAUCUUCUACCCAAGUGGGCUCCUGAUCACUGUACUGAAGUAGAAAGAAUGGACUCUGAACUGGAUAAACUUUCAGAUCCCACAUUCCUUUUACCUUCCCGGCCAGCUCAAAGAGGGUACCAUGCUCGCUUGAAUCGCCUGCCAGGAGCUGCAGCUCGGUGCCUCAGGAAGGGGCGAAGAAGGCUGGUUGGGAAGGAGACCAGCAUAAGCACUCUGGGUACUGAGAGAAUAAGCCAUAUCAUCAGUGACCCCCAACAGAAAGAAAAGAAUAAAGCGUUGACUUCUGAUUUUCCUCAAAUUUCUGCUUGUACACAUGAGUCUAAUCCUCUCUCUCCUCUUUACUCCCUGGAUGUUCUUACUGAUGCGUCUCAUCGAAGAUGCUCACCAGCACACUGCUCUGCCAGACAGGGAAACAUACACUGGGGAUCACCAUGUACCCGUGACAUCAAGAGGAAACGGAAGCCUGUGGCCGCAGCAUCUCUGUCUAGUGCAGUUCACAUGGAAGCAAUGGAGCCAGCUCCAGCAGCCCCACCAGCAGCGCAAGUCCCCCAGUCUCCAGACUCUGAGUGGUUGAUCAGGACCUCUGCCAUAGACAAAGCCAUGGACUCAACUGCAGCUACGUUUUUUAAGACACCGCAGGAAAAGGGCCCUGGAUGCAGCUAGACAGCACUGUCACUGUCACUGUCACAGGACUUGAAACAAUGGCUGCCCAGUUCUUUCACUUCACACAUGACUGAGGACUUGUGCACUUAGAGAAUCAUACUGUGGGAAUCUUGCUACUUUCUUUCUUUUUUAAUUAGUAAAGUAUGGAGGCCACAACUUUUUUUCAAGAAAAGGAUGCCUAUAUGUCAUGUUUGUUACAUUAUUGUUAUUCUUUUGCCUACAGCUGCCUUUAGAGAGCUGUUGCUUUUUUGCUGAUAUUGUUGUUCCUUAUACACUAGAAAAGACUUUUGCAUAUCUUUUGUAUAAAGCUUUUAAUAUUUGAAGAAGUCCCAAAUUUGCAGCCAGUUCCAAAACCUGACUGGAGCUGUGCUUGCAGGAGAUGAGGCCUGCUGUUGAGCUAGGCCUUGGUUCACACAGAGUGCCAAUAACAUGUCGAUCAAGGCCUCAGUUUGUGCCUCAAAAGAGACACCCACAGCAUGGCCAUGGGAACUUCAUGUCUGCAGCUGGUCUAGUGGGAUCACCUGCAGCUGCAUUGUACUUUCCCUCAUCUCCAAAGUUGGUGUUGUACUGAAAGAGGACAUUGUCUCUACAUACACAUUGCUGUAAUGACACAGAGACAUGAUUUAGGUGGGCAGCAAACUUGACAUAGUCAGUGGAUGAUGUCUUUCUUACCCAUCAGGUCUCAGUGUAAGCCUUAUGUCCUAAGUGGAACUUCACUGUUACUGUUAGAGGUCACUGACCUACAGCAGAACCUGACACUUUUAUUACAAAAAUGAUUUCUUGGGGCCAUGCUUUGGAGAGGAAAAAAUGUCAUUUGACAUGCCUUUCUACUUGGUUUGUUCAUGACUGCUCAGCUGCAUGUAGAGUUAUAUAUACAGUCGUGCCUGAAGUUGGAUGCUACUUUGUCAAAAUGAGGAAUAAGUGACUGCCGGGAGCUGCUGGAGAAAAGUGACAUGCUUUCUCAAAAGUAUUAUCAAGAGGAAGUGGGGCUGUGGCUCAAAGUGAUAGAGCACUGCCCUUGAGUACAAAGAGCUCAGAGACAGCAUCUAGGCUCUGAGUUCAAGCCCCAUAACCACCACCA